UUUUAUACCUGAAAUUUGGAAAAUGUCCUCGUUUUUAAAUAAUGAUUCUUGUGCAAAAUCUAAAGUAUUGGACCUCAUGAAAAUAUACUCAUUACAGAAUUACGAAAAAUGUAAAAAUGAACAAAGGGAUGAAGUGGAAUUUAAAAGCACGAAUAAAAUAGAUAAAAUAUAUAGCGUUCGGGAUUUGAAAGAAAUUGAGAAUUUUGAGACAACUAGACAAAAUGAAACUAUUAUCAAUAAAAAUCUUUCAGAUUGUACCAUUCGUAAUAAGAGUUGGGAACUUGCAUCAGACGUUUGCGAUUGGAGUUCAUCUCCCAUUGGCAUCUUGCCCUGGCAAAUUAAUGAUAUACAAGCGAUGGAAGCUUCGACAAUUUCGCCAUCGGAUGUUCAGUAUGUGAUCGUCAAGAAUCUAGAAUUACCAAAGAUCAUAAAUUCCAAAAAAUUGAUAUUACACAGUAAAAUCCAUUGGGAAAGGUUACUUGAGAAAAAGAAGGCAAAACGAAAGGUAAAAACGAACAAAAUAGUAACGUCAACUAUUGUGAAUCGAGCAAUGAAGAACGUCAAUAAUAAUAAUAAGCAAAAUGUGAAAUAAAAUUAUUGUUAUGUUCAUAUUGUACAGAAAUUUUCCUU